AAGAAAUUGAAGUAGUAGAAUAGUACAAAGAAUGAGGUUACAAUUUAUUCUGCUUUUAUUAAUCACUACAACGAUUUUUGAAAUUCGUCAAAAGAAUCUUUCAACUUAUUCUAAGAUUGUUCGAAAGAAAGGAGAGAUUACAUUAAAAUGGUCUCAACUAGUCAUAGAAACAAUAAAAAAUGAUCCUAGAAUUUACCAGAUCAUGUUAAUAAGUAACUAUGAAAACGCAGACAAUCCAAGAAUUAUUCAAGAUCUUCAAGAAAAUAUUCCAAUCCUACAUUUCAAUGAUUUCUAUCUUAAUGGAGAAAUUCAUCAGUUUGAGAAAUGGUAUUCUUUGAGCAAUCCACGAGAUACUACGUUGUUUAUUCUUGUCGAGUUUCCAAAUAAAAACAACACUCAAUGGACAGAAGAGAUAAUGGCAUUUGUUAAACAAUUAUCGACUGUUCGUAUUCGACCAAAAUGUCUAAUUGUUCGCUACUUGGAUUCCAAUCAAACCUCGAAUUACGACAAAUUUUUGCUAAAAAUGUGGCGAGAUUUAUUCCUGGACGUCACAAUUCUCGAUGUUAUCAGAGGACGAGCUACGAUUCAUCGACUGAAUCCGUUUCUUAAUUUCUAUAAAGCAAAAUCCUUUUCCAAAAAGACACCAUUGUUUCCAAACAAACUUGAAAACUUAAAUGGAUAUCCACUGAAGGUGGGAAUUAUGUACCGACCACCGUAUGUAUUGUUGAAGCGAAAUUCGACGAAACAUCCAUUUGAUGUUUCUGGUCCAGAUGCAGAAGUUGGCAAAUUUUUUGCUACAAUAAUGAAUUACAGACAAAGUUUUUUACCAUCUAACGCUGAAGAUUUUGGUCAUUAUGGCUGUAAUAUUUCAAAGCUUACAGGUUUUAAUUCUGCAAUUCAACGAAAUAGACUUCAACUUAUUACGAUCACGAGCACCACAUCAAGAAGUAUAUGCAAAAAAGAAUUGUUUGAGAAUACAAUUUUUGCUUUGGAUCACUAUGUUGCAAUAGCUCCUACUUUGAAGUCGAAGAAUUUUUCAAUUUCAAUCGCCGAAGAAGUUAAAUGA